UUCCCGGAAAAUGAGGAAAUUAUUGACCCAAAAAAAAAAGAGGAAAAAAAAGGGAAAGAAGAAACGAUCGACAAGUAACGGAGCGACUGGGGGCCAAAGCUCCAUGCGACCAUGCGAGCAGCGGUAGAGCUCAGACCAUAUCCUCCCUUCCCUCUAAUUCCAUCUUUUUCCCCCUUCGGACCCUCUAUUUACAACCCCGCACCCUUCAUCCCCGCCGUCCAAUCCUCGGCCAUCCUCACAGUCGCAGCCUUAGCCUCUCCUUCUCCGUCCCCUUCAACAUCCAAUGGGGAUGGCCGGAGCCGCAGCCGCCACCGGCCGUUCAGGAAACAGGAGCCACCAGCCCACCUCGACCACAGUAUGGACAUGGACGAGCUCGUCCGGUCCAUCUCGCAGACCUCCGACGAGAAGGAGCUGUACUGCCUGCUCUCUCCCUACAAGGGGAGGCAGCUCUCGAUCCGGUUCAUGGUGUCGGUCCUCUCCCGCGAAUGCGACUGGGAGCGUUCCCUCGCGAUCCUCGACUGGAUCAACGAGGAGGCCAUGUACACUCCUUCCGUGUUCGCGUACAACGUCGUGCUGAGGAAUGUGCUCAGGGCGAAGCAGUGGGAGGUCGCACACGGACUAUUCGACGAAAUGCGCCAAAGAGCUCUCGCUCCUGAUAGGUAUACAUACUCGACACUGAUCACGCAUUUCGGGAAAGAGGGCAUGUUCGAUGCGGCGCUCUCUUGGCUACAGAAGAUGGAACAGGACCGUGUAUCGGGCGACCUGGUCUUGUACAGCAACUUAAUCGAGCUAUCCCGUAAAUUAUGCGAUUACUCCAAGGCCAUCACGAUUUUCUCGAGGCUGAAAAAUGCUGGUAUCACCCCGGACCUUGUUGCCUAUAACACGAUGAUCAACGUGUUUGGCAAGGCUAAACUUUUCCGGGAGGCUAGGCUUAUAUUAAAGGAGAUGCGGGAUGUGGGGGUUCAACCUGACACGAUAAGUUACUCCACACUUCUGAGCAUUUAUGUCGAGAAUCAGAAGUUCGUGGAGGCGCUGUCUUUGUUCUCGGAGAUGAACGAGGCCAGGUGCCCGCCUGACCUCACGACAUGUAAUGUGAUGAUCGAUGUUUACGGUCAGUUGGAUAUGGCCAGAGAGGCUGAUCGGCUUUUCUGGAGCAUGAGGAAGAUCGGGAUUGAACCGAACGUGGUUAGUUAUAACACACUCCUAAGGGUCUACGGCGAGGCCGAGCUGUUUGGGGAAGCGAUUCACCUGUUCCGACUGAUGCAGAGGAAGGAGAUUGAGCAGAACGUGGUCACUUACAACACAAUGAUAAAGAUAUAUGGGAAGUCCCUCGAGCAUGAGAAGGCCACGAACCUUGUACAGGAGAUGCAGCAGAGAGGGAUCGAGCCCAAUGCAAUAACAUACUCGACCAUAAUUUCGAUAUGGGGCAAGGCGGGAAAAUUGGAACGCGCGGCAAUGCUUUUCCAGAAGCUGAGAUCUUCGGGGGUCGAGAUUGACCAGGUCCUUUACCAGACGAUGAUAGUGGCUUACGAGAGGGCAGGUUUGGUGGCCCAUGCCAAGAGACUGCUCCAUGAGCUGAGGCGUCCUGACAACAUCCCCAGGGAAACGGCGAUAGCAAUUCUCGCAAGAGCCAGUCGGAUCGAGGAGGCAACCUGGGUCUUCCGACAGGCCCUUGAAGCGGGGGAGCUAAAGGACAUAUCCGUGUUCGCUUGCAUGAUUGAGCUGUAUUCUCGAAACAAGAAACACGGGAAUGUUGUGGAGGUGUUCGAUAAGAUGAGAGCGGUUGGGUACCUCCCCAGCUCUGAGGUUAUAGCCAUCGUCCUAAAUGCAUUCGGCAAGUUGCGGGAUUUUGAGAGGGCCGAUUCAGUGUAUCGGGAGAUGCAGGAAGAGGGCUGUAUCUUCUCAGAUGAGGUCCACUUCCAAAUGCUCAGUCUAUACGGUGCGCGGAAGGACUUCGAGAUGAUGGAGUCCCUGUUCCGGCAUUUGGAUUCAGACCCAAACAUCAACAAGAAGGAGCUACAUCUGGUUGUGGCCAGUAUCUAUGAGAGAGCGAAUAGACUCAACCAUGCAUCGAGAAUCAUCAACAGGAUGAACGCCUUAAGAUAAGAAACAUUUGUUUGCAGUAUGAGAAUAUAAGCUACCUUCCCUGUUCACAUGGACAAUUUCGACACACCUAUGAUCAAAUGCCAUCCGUUUUUAGUAUAA